AGUGGAAAUUUGACGGUUUUGACUGACAGUUAUUACUAAUGGGGUGCUGUGUUCUUACUGUGAACUUUCGUUUAUUUUUCGUGUUAAUGAUUUUUUUGACUCCAAGUGAAUAAAAUUUGUGAUAUAUUCGCCUAGCCUCGAAUGGAAAAGAUGAUGAAAACAUGUAAUGUCGCUACCAGUAUCUCAAUAUGAAGCUUUACUAGAAGAAGUUCGGAGCUUAAGACGGAGGGCCCAUCACGUUCAGCAACUAGCAGCUCCUUUGCUGUCUGGUUCAUCAUCGACAACUUCAUCAACCUGUCCACCAUGUAAGCAUUUAGAAGAUGAAACCUUAGUUCGUGAUACUUAUUCUUCACCGCGCAAGAUGGAAUCCGUAGUGUUUCAAAGACAUCGCGACGAUGCACCUGACUACGAUAGGGUACCAAGUACAAAUGGAGAGGGUGAGACAGUAAGUAGUGGUGAUGCGUUUGGAAAUAGCGCACCAAGUGCCACUGCAUUGUCUGUAAGCAGUGAACCUCCAUCAAAUAGAAACAAGGGCCUUUCUGUCUUAUAUCAUGGUACCUGGCCUGUAGAACGCGCCAUGUGGAACUCGGACCCCACAAAUUUAGCUCCACCGCCACCUACAUCCCAUUACAAUGGAUCUGAGAUGGAAAGUGUAAUUAGUUUCGCUUCGAGUUCAGGAGGUGCUCCAUUGGACAGGGUAUUGAGUAGCCCUGACAGGUCUCGAAGGUCUUCUCAACAGCUAGAAGCAAAGGUCGAUAUGGUAUAUAGCUUGUUGGCUAUGUUAGGGGGGCAAGAACAUGCCGAUAUGGGCGAAACAUUACUUGCCCUGAGUACUAAUCCUGAAAGUUGCAUGGCCAUGAGGCAAUCAGGGUGCAUUCCAUUACUAGUCCAACUGGUGCAAUCCGACAAAAAUUCUACCACGCGAAAGAAAGCUUCACAAGCUCUCCACAAUUUGGUCUAUUCAAAUCCGGACGAGAAGCAAAAGAAGCGGGAAUGUCGCGUGUUGAAACUUCUGGAGCAGACGAGGGCUUACAUCAGUUUUCUCAGAAACCAGACCGAUUUUAAUCCAGAAGAUUUGACUUUAAGCGAAGACGGCGAUAAGCAUCCAGUACAAACAAUGGCUCAUCUCAUGAAACUGUCGUUUGACGAGGGACACCGGCAAGCCAUUUGCCAUUUGGGCGGUAUCCAUACAAUCGCCAGUUUAAUCGAAGUGGAACACUCAGAACAUGGCAACAACAUCGAGAACACUUAUUGUGUCUUGUUGAGACGUUAUGGCUGUAUGGCUCUAACUAAUUUAACUUUCGGAGACAGCGGCAAUAAAGCCCUGCUUUGUAGUUUGAAAACUUUUAUGUACGCUUUAGUGUCCCAAUUGGAAAAUACCAACGACGAGUUGUGUCAGGUGACUGCAAGUGUCUUGAGGAAUCUUUCGUGGCGUGCAGACUCCACGAGCAAAGAAGUCUUACGAGAAAUUAGUGCUGUUGUCCAGCUGAUGAAAGCGGCUAUGGUUAGCAAUAAAGAAAGCACGUUGAAAUCGAUACUUUCGGCACUCUGGAAUCUCUCUGCUCACUGUUCAGAGAACAAGGCCGAAAUAUGUGCGGUUAAAGGUGCUCUGGGAUUUUUAGUCGACAUGCUGUCCUACAAAUCCCCCACAAAGUCGCUAGCCAUUAUCGAAAAUUCCGGAGGGAUUUUGAGGAACAUCUCCAGUCAAAUCGCUGUGAGGGAUGACUACCGUGAAAUUCUCCGUCAUCACAAUUGCCUUCAGGUUUUGCUUGAUCUUCUGAAAUCUCCCAGUUUAACAAUUGUCUCUAACUCGUGCGGAACCCUUUGGAAUUUAUCGGCCAAAAACGCUCAAGAUCAAGAGGCUCUCUGGCAAAUGGGUGCACCGGCCAUGCUGCGCAGCCUUAACCAUUCCAAGCACAAGAUGAUUGCAAUGGGGAGCAGUGCUGCCUUAAAAAAUCUAAUAGCUUCCAGACCAUCACACAACCUGGUAGCAGAACUGGAUUCUACCGCAAAAGCCAUGGACUUACCCGCUUUACCGUCGUUAGGCGUCAGGAAACAGAAAGCCCUAAUGGAAGAAUUGGACCAGAACUUGACCGAAACGUUCGAAAACAUUGACAAGGAUUCUCCCACCAAAAACAACACUCACGAAGAGAAAUUUAACUUUGAACAGUUGAACAAGACGUAUAUCCACAAGACCAAAUGGGACGUGGGACGAUCUGGAAGCCAGGAGUACAUGUCUCUUACUGAAGGAAUUGCGGGACGAGAAUCAAGAAACUGUAAGAGUGACACGUGUCUCGACGACGACUUGAGUAACACAUUUCGAAGCCUGAGUAUCGACCAUCAGUUUGUUAAAAUGAAUAAGUGUGCUGCUAACUUUACCAAGCUCCAGAACGACUUUUCCGAUCGGUACGACGAAUCGGAGCUACCAGAAAGACCGAUCGAUUACAGCCGGAAAUAUAGCGAUACGAAAUUACCUCAAUCUACAUUCGUUGGGUCUUCUAAUGCCAAAGUGUCUCAGUUGGAGGAAGAAAGUUUCGGUAUCUAUGCUGAAACAGACCUCGAUCAACCUACCGACUACUCACUACGUUAUGGAGAAGACGAUUCAGAUCCGGAAGAUAUAUGUUCGCAAAACAAAUCUCAUGAUUUCGUAGCGGAUACUGUAAAAACCUACUGCACCGAAGAUACACCCUACGAGACACCUUUCAACUUUUCUACAGCUACCUCCAUGUCAGAUCUGAGAGACGUUGACAAGCAACCGGUCACCGAUAAUGACAAGAUAAAAACGGAUACUACUCAUCAAAAGCCUUCUAACGUUGACGACGAAAAAGACCGUUGCUCUGUGGAGGACGUCUCAGAAACGGAAAACAGACAAGAGACCGCUGAAAAACCGCCAAAAUCAGAAUUUAGCUCCGGCCUUAUGUCGCCAGAAAAACCUGUACGAUAUGCAGAAGAGGGAACCCCAGGAUACUUUUCGAGGGUCAGUAGCUUCGGGUCUUUGAGUUCUAUGCCAUUGAAUGAAAGCGGUAAAGCUGGAGAAUUAGAAAAAGUGCCCAAGACAGAAAUAACAUGUUUCGAAAAUGUUCCUGAUACUAGUAGAGCAGAGGUGACUAAAGACGAAGCGAAACCUGUUGUAACUGCUUCUGAAGGAAAGGUGGUCAAAUUUGAACGAGGUGUCGAAUACCAUGAGGAAACACCUCUAAUGUUUUCGAGGUCCAGUUCCUUGGCAUCUUUAGACAGUAUUGAACAGCAUUCCAUCCAUGAGGAUCGUGAAUCGAUAGUUUCCGAUUUUAGUCGUCUGACUAGUGGCAUAGUGUCUCCAAGUGAACUUCCGGAUUCCCCGACUCAAACCAUAGCUCCGAGCCCUCGAAGACGAAAAUCUUCUCAUGAUUACCCGUCGACUUCAAAGGGAGUUUUCAAGUCCCCCGAUUUGAAACAGAAUCAGGUCCCUCCAAGGCCUUUGCACAAACCCAGCGUUUUCGAAGAUAACGUCACCAAAUUCAAGGAGGAGAAUACACCAGUGCAGUUUUCAACAGCUACCAGCCUCAGUAGCUUAACCUUUGACGAUAACGAAGGAGGUCUUUCCAAAAAGGACGGCAAAAAUGGAACAUCUGUUCUGACAACAAACGAAACCGUCAUGGAAGCUACAAAAGAAACAACAGAAAAGCAAGAUGUAGGACAAGAAAAGGAAGAUGACGAUAGUGAAGAAGAAGACGAACACAUUUUGGCAGCUUGCAUAAGCGAUGGCAUGCAAAAUAAUAGGCACCGCCAAUCAAAAGAAUGCUCGAUUUCGUCACGGAUUCUACCAUCAGCUAUUGAUUACAAAAGUCCUUUGACGUCAAUUCGUCUUCCUGGAAAUGGUGCUGUAUUAAGACCAUCAUCGUCUGCGAAUGUUCGCUUGGCCGACGUCCACUCAGACACCCUUCACAGUUACUGCACGGAAGACACCCCUGCAAUGCUAAGUCACGCUGGAUCCCACUGCAACUUAAGCACUCUCUCGACCGUUAACGAAUCGCCACCUACGAAAACAGACGAGACGAACGACCUCUCAGACGAUAGCAGCAGUGCCCUACUGGCCGAAUGUAUCCAAUCGGCCAUGCCGAAGCCACGCUUAAAACCCAACGACGUUGGAAAUGUGGUAGUGACGCAGCCGCAUAUGCAAACCAGUACACCACUUGUCAAGACACGAAAUAGGCCUAAUACGGAAGGGGCUGCACGUAAAGAAGGCGUAGUCAAACGGAUUAACCCAUCAUGUUUUUUGGGGGCCAAGGACGAAACGGAAAGAUACGCUGUUGAAAAUAGUCCUUGUCAUUUUUCAUUAAGGUCCAGUCUAUCAGACUUGACUAUAGAUGGAAGCGUGUGUGGUGUUGCCAGACGAAUUAACAAUGCAGUUGGGGAGACGGAAGAGAAAGCAAGAAAAUCUGAAGAAAUUCUUUCAGUUGCUGGCCCCAGCUCGUUGGAAAGAGGGAACAUUUCGAACGUCAAUCUUUCUCGAAGAGACUCCCUUUCUUCUCUUAGCGUAGAAUCCUUUGAACCGACAGAACAAGAGCAAGCGCUUUUAGAGGAAUGUAUAUCGUCUGCUAUGCCGAAAAAUAAACUUCAAAAUGUCUGCGAAAAAUCUUCACCAGCUCCCACAGGAUCUUCCACGAAGUCGCCUAAAUUAACCAAGAGAGAACGCGAUUUCGCCUUUCGUCCCAUUAAUUGGAGCGAAAGGGAAAGGGAGAAGGACUUGUGGCAGGAAGAGGAUUUGGAAGAAAUAAAGUUGACAAAGACGAAUUCAAAAAACGUAUUUGUCACGUCUGCUGCCGGGAUCACGGUGCCAAAGAAAGGCGAAAUGUGUCCCGAUCUUCUAGCUACGGUGGCAGGCGGCGAAAACACCGCAACCGAGUCCGCUCCAGGGCCGAAUCACAACCCAGAGGAUCAAGGGAUGCGAACACCAAACAAUAUAGCAAUACGGGACAACCGGUGUUCACAUUCCGAAGAAAGGUGCUCGACCGUACUCACGAAGAGUGGGUCUAACACGGCGAGAACUGACGAUGAAUCUGGUUAUGAAACACGAAUAAUAUCCGAACAAGACGAUAAAACACCAACUGACAUUAAAAUUGAUAAUCGAAUGCUCGAUCCUGAUGCAAUGAUAGAGUCGUUGGAUCGAUUUACAGCAGAACUUGUCUCUCAGGCCGAAGUCCAUCUCAAUAAAGAUAAAUCGACAAUAUCAACCACCUUCGAGGGUGAUACAUGGAAUGACGAUGAUGUUUCCUUCCCCAGUGUAUCAGGGAGUGCUCCAAAUGUUAUUACCUUCAAAAGUGAUUCUGAUACACCCCCAGAAGAUUUUAAACCCCAAGAAAUCCUCAGUAUUGAUUCGGUUGAUGGCCAGGAUAAGGAAGAAGAUAAGAAGUCGAAUGAUUUCUCUUCAUUAGACAGUAACACUAUGACAGAAUCAACUUUAAUAGCGAUGGAAGCUACAAAGAUGGCGACUGUCAUUCAGAAUCAAGGUGUAAUGACCCAGAGCAUUGCUAGCAUACAUUCCUUAGAGCUGGACCUUAUCGAACCACCUUCACAAAUGAACUCAUUAACUAACAGUAUUAAUAUAGAAAAUAUCACGCCCAAGCACAGUCCAAAACUGGCUAGAAGGAAAAAGGUGCUUCAGCCAGGUCUCAUUGCACGUAGGGCAUUAAAUCAACAACACAAUCAAACGUCUAGCUUAGAUAGUUUAUCAAAUUUGGACAGCAUAAAUCCACCGUCAGGAAUGUGUGAUGUCCUAGAUAUGGAAGGAAGUGCCAACAGCAUCCCAAGUCUUACUAGUGAAAUAGCUGACUUAAAACUAGAUUUUAUUGCUUCCGGUCCUGUCACAUGCAACUUUGACAAGUGGCAACCCCCUAAUCCUAUUUUCAAAGUUAAGCAGCCUUUAAAUAUGUUACAUGCAAUCGAAAACAGUUCAAUUUGUGAUUUAGAACAUGUAAAUCCUCCUUCACUUUUAAAUGAAAUCACUGAUAUGAAUAGUUCCCUUGCUGACGUCGAAACGUUGUUUGAAGACGCCAACACUCAUGCCAAGACAGAAGAUGAUAUAACACUCUACUCAGAUGCAUUAAAUACCACCCCAAUACCUUCAGAUUUGGCCUCUAGCAGUGCAGACUCCACACCCAAAAAAACCAAGAGCCUAAACAAACGUCUCACACCAAAACAAAAAAGAAAUUUGACACGUGAUCGAUAUAGGACGUAUACCAUUGCAGCGGAGAUGGUUGUUAGCGAAGAACAUAAAAGGUUGACGGAAUCACAAAUACUCGAAUCGUCUGAAUCAAAUAAAACCACUCCAAAGGAGAGGAGACAAAAUGACAGAAACCGUUUUCAAACCCAAGUACUUGACGAAUCUGUAACCACUGCGCUGCAGAAAAUGCAAACUGAAGCACUUCUAUCUGCUGGAGAAGCAACUGGAACUUCGUCAGCUACAUGCAGUCCACAAAAGGGUUCGCCAAAAAUUCGAAAUUAUGCUCAAAGACGUCUUGAGAACAGAGAUAGGUUUAAAACACGUACUCUAAGCGAGUCUAGCGUUUCUCCAGAUGUUUCUAGUUCUUCCCCAACUCAUAACGAAGACCUACAUAGUCUUAUAAGAAGAGAAGCCAACCUUGUUGUCAAAUCUCUCAAAGAGGCUCGUGCUGCUGCUGAUGAGCUUCUACUAGAUUGCGAAACGCUGAGUUUGGUUUCAAAUGACGAUGAUUCAGAACAUAAUUCCAACUGUUCCAUAAAUUACAGAACCUACACGAAGAGUACUAGUACCAGAAGAGGUAGUUUCUCUUUAGUUAAACAGCCGCCACAGUUACCAAAAGACCCAGUUCCUUUGGAAUGCUCACUCAAUACUUAUGGCGAUUCAAAUUCUGAAAGUGACAAAGAACCUAUGACCCCUAAAACACCUCAGAAACCUAAAAUUGUUAAGCCGUCAGAGACUUCAGAAGAAAAAGAACCAGAAAAGGAAGCAGCAAAAACUGUAAGAGGACGUAGGAAACCACUAUAUUCGAGCGCAAAACCUAUCAGAGAGAUAACCUCCAAUCUUGUUAGGAAUGUGACAUCAGUCCUUAAAAACAGCGCAUCAUCCCUGACUAACCCUCAAAAACAAUCAAAACUUAUUCCAUCGAAACCACCAGUUCCAAAAUACCAGUAUAAAAAACCUGCGUCUCCACAUACUCAGACUAAGGUCGUAGCAAAUCCAAGAAAAAGCACAGGAAGCCCUAAAGGGGGAAGUUCAGGAUCUGCAAGCGCCAGUAGUUCGAAAGUGAGCAGUCCUGUAAGGACUCCUAGUUCCGGUAGCAUGAAAUCAGGUAGCCCAAAAAAGACCGUCGUUACUAAAAAACCUGUCAUGCCAACUGGAAAUAAUGGCAUUAGAUCUCCAGGAAUGACCAAAGUUACGCCUGUUGGUAGUACUGCUCAAACGCCCCCCAUAUUAGAAAGACAAGGGACAUUUACUAAAGAAGACCAAGACAGCUCUACCAGCAAGAGUGGUAACAGUAGAAUUCCCACUCCGUCUGCCACAAGGAUAGGAAGCACUUCCAGGAUAGCAAGGCCAAUUUCACAACCAACUCGAUUCAUUCCUAAACCCAGAACAACUCCCCAAACUCCUGAGAAGGUUGUUAAAAGCCCUCCACCUGUUGGAAAGGUGGCACCUAUGAAGUCCAUGAGUGCUGAUCGUUCAAGACGACCUGGGAUUCCAUCGAGUAACAUGUUUACAAGGUCACCGAGUGCCGAUAGUAGAGCAACAACGAGACAAAUGGUCGCCCCCGUACAAACAAACGAAACGAAAAACCUUCCUAAUAGGCCAGUUAGUAGCAUCACGCCAAGGUCUACGAGUAAUUCCAGUAUAUCUUCAAAUGGAUCCAGUUCAAAGAAACAACAGGUUAGUAAAAUAGCUAGUUUAUGGAAGAAAGUGGAGGAACAGAAGAAUAAACCCCAAAAACCUGACUCACGCGUUUGGAUUCAACCUAAUAAGCCAGAGGUUUUGGAUUAAUUAGUUUUUAUUUAAUUUAUAUAUUAUAACAAAUGUGUUUUUGGUAAAAAAAAGUAACAAUUACUUGACUUUUUAAGGUUUUGGGACCGUGAUUGUGCUUAUUGUAGUGAAAUGUUUUGCCUGUUUAAUUCUGUAUUUUUUAAGUGCCAUUUUAAUUGAAUUCCAUGACUGAUAAAUAAUUUUAUGUGACAGGUUUUUAUGUGUUUGUUUUUGAUUUAAAGGAAAUAAAGUCAUCACAUAUUAACCAAAGAAAUUAUUAACAUAACAAUUAAUAUUCGGUUAAGACUGAAAUACAAAAUAUAAUAAUAAUACGUACGUUUUUAGUUAAUAGGAAUUAUUUGUGAUUUAAUUAAAGAAUAUUUUUGGGACAUUUCGAUAAGCACAUCAUGUUCUUCAAAAAAAUAAAAAAAUGUAACGUUCAGUCAAGGUACAUAUAUCUACAAUAAAUGUUAAAUAACAUCUGUCUCAGUGUCGUUAGGUAUUUAUUUAUUGUAAAUGCUUAUUUUCUAGUCAAAUAUAAACGAAAAAACAUUUUCUGCAUUGAGCCUGAGAUUAUUGAGUAUUGGUAUACUAGGUUGUGUAAAUAAUAAAAUAAAUAAAUAAGCCUUUAUUCAUAUUAAAUUUUUAUGGAAGCUAGCUUUCUUUUCGUAUAAAUAAAAAGAAUGUUUUUAAUAUAGAUUUUGAUAGUGACAAAGCUAAAAUUGCCAUUAUUUUUAAUGUGAGUUUUUAAUUGAGUAGAUCCUUUGUAUUUCGUUCUACAUAAAUAAACACUUUUAGCAUA